CACAAUAAGUACGGGCUAUAUAGGAAGACCAUCAAUACAGCUGAAAUCACUCUGCUAACCCUUUGCAUGAAGAGCCACGCUCCUGAGACUGUCCAUUGGAAGGUGAAAAUGAGAGCGCUGACAAUCUUCAUCCUCUUGGCCACAUGCCUUUUUCACAGCUCUCAAUGUGUGCAGGUUAUGGACAGAGGGUACAGCUUCUCCCUAGAGGCAGUGAAGACCCUGAAAAAGCUUAUGGAGUCUGACACGAGCAGAAACCCUCAUCAGACCUACGGAGAUUCAGCAUCCCUAUGUGCCGACCCUGAACUGCCAGGAGAGUUGACAGUGAUGUGCGACAAAGAGGAUGCAGACACAGUCUUCAAAAAUCUGGUUAAAAUCAUCACUCCUGCAGACCCCUGUGAGAUCUGUGCCAAUGCAGCCUGCACCGGUUGUGUCUGAGUAGAGAAAUCAUCCUGCACAUAGAGUCCACAAGUUCACGUUGACAUGAAUGGCAUUAAUUACCUUCCAAACAUGUAUGAUUGCCACUCUACAUAAUGAAGGACCCUAAAGAUUAAGCUUUAAAUGCAUUUACUUCUGUUUAAUUAUUGGGUGUAGUCAGUGGCAUAUUUAGGCAUGGAGACAUGGGCAGCCCCCCGCACACAGACAAGUGGGCAUCCUGAACUCCACCAGGCAUCUCAUUUCCAACCACCCACACUUUACUUGGAGAAAGUGAAUUCUACAUUGAAUGGAGAGACUGCCCCCUAGUGAAUCUGAAUGCAUUAUUUAUAUACGGAAUAUUCCUGAUAAUGACAUAUUUAUAUGCAUUCAUAAUUAAAAAGUAUAACUUAAAUUUUAAAUGCAUGUGUGUUUUGCACAUGUUGGCCGUGCCUAAAUCUGCUACUGGUACACCCAAAUGACAAUAGCAAACCAUACUCUUCAUGUGUUACACGUGCUAUAGUUCCAAAUUGCUUCUUCAUCAAUUAACAAUGUCAAAUGUAAAUCAAGUCAAUCAUUGACACAUCAGCGCCACCUUGAGUAAGAAAUAACAUGUAUAAUAUGUAUGUAUAUGAAAUACUGAUAAUUCACCAUUCACAAAGAAAAUCAACAUGAUAUAGUAAUCAUUUGUCUUGAAAUGAAUAAAGAAAUAUAUAUCCUGUAAUAGUAAACAUAUAUAGAUAUGGAAUAAUCAUAAAAAUAUAAUUUAUGGAAGCGCAAAAAAAAAAAUCUUUAAUGACCCUAUACACUUUUGUUAAUUUAGCAGUUAUAAUAUAUAUAUAUCUGUAUUCCACUACAGUUACAAUUGAAAUCAUUAGUAAUUAGAUUACAGUUACAUUCAAAAAGUAUUUUGAUUACUGAAGAGAUUACUUUGUAUUUUAAUGUCAUUUGUUUCAUUUAAUAUUUAGUCCUUUCAGAUUGAAAACAUUUAUACAUAUAAAUGAUGUGAUCCAAAGUGCAUUUGAACAGCGGUGAAACACUUUCUUAUGAUGUGUUACAUUCAUACGAGCAGACAGAGAAGUAAGUUUGAAGUAAGUUUGGAGCAGAAGAAAUAGAAAUAAACCUUGUGUAAAUUGUCAGCUUUACACUAAGAUAAAAUGCUAUUUCUAGCCAUUUUACAUGCACAUGUUACCAGACACAUAUUUUAAUAAAGAAAAUUCACAUUAGAUCAUAAUUUCUUUUUUUCUAGUAAGAUCUUUGAU